AUGGCUCGAGCCAAAUCUAACAAGAAGAGCAGCGACACGUUGAACCAGCGCCUGGCUCUCGUCGUGAAGUCGGGCAAGAUCUCUCUCGGCUACAAGUCGACGCUGAAGGCCCUGCGCCAGGGGAAGGCGAAGCUGAUUAUAAUGGCUGCCAACACGCCGCCUCUGCGCAAGUCGGAGCUCGAGUAUUAUGCGAUGCUCAGCAAAACCCCCUUGCACCACUUCGCCGGCAACAAUAUCGAGAUGGGAACCGCAUGUGGCAGACUUUUCCGCUGCAGCACCAUGGUCGUUCUCGACGCGGGCGAUUCUGAUAUCCUCAACGAGGGUGUCUAG